CUCAAAGCCAGUAGGAAUGCUUUUCGUCUCUCUGCGUCAAGCAAUGUUUGAGGACAGGUGACUAUCUAGGUUUAUCAUUCACCGAACACCAGGGCGUCAUGGCGAACAACAGCGGUCUUAUAAGGCUUGCCCAGAAGCUCGCAUCAGAUGGCCCGUACAGAGUCGAGACGACGCAUCGUCGAGUGAGGGCAUUGUUCCAAGGCAAAUACGUCAUCGACACACUACAAGCCUACCACGUCUGGGAACACCCAAAUUUUCCACAAUUUUACGUCCCCAAAACCGCCUUCAAAGAUGUGAACGUCACAUUGAAGGAUCCGAUCGAUGGAACUAACAAGACCGUGCAUUUCGUCCAACUCGACAACGGCCACAGUGCCACGAACCGAGUCCUUCUCUUCAACACCUCCGCGCUCAAAGACCUCUACAAAGUUGACUUCCACUCCAUGGACCAGUGGUUCGAGGAAGAUGUCCCGGUCUACGGGCACCCCAAGGACCCUUACAAGCGCAUCGACAUCCUGCACUCGACGCGCAACAUCAAGGUAGGCAUUGACGGCGUCGUGCUCGCUGAGAGCUCAAGCCCGUUGUUUCUACUGGAGACGACGCUCAGGACGAGGCAUUACUUGCCACCGACGAGUGUGAAGUGGGAGUGUCUGAGACUGAGCGAUACUAAGACCCUUUGUCCUUACAAAGGUCAAGCGAACUACUACGAUGUGAUCGUGAAUGGGAAGGAGUAUAGAGAUCUGGUCUGGUACUACAGGUACCCUACUAGUGAGAGCACGCCUAUUGCUGGGUAUAUGUGCUUUUACAACGAGAAAGUUGACGUGUGGAUCGAUGGGGAGAAGGAGCAGUGAUGGAAGACUCGCAGUGAAUGGACCGAUGUAGCACAGCUAAUUAGUCUUCGCCUCAAGCAAGCUUGUGGUACUGGCUAUAGUUACUUCGAGAUGUCGAUCCAUGUUGUUCGUCUGCCGUCUCAG